GCUCUGUUUGACACCUUUCCAAUAAUGGCCAUGACUGACGAAUAUGAAUACUACUAUAACUACUCUGAAAACUUCACCAGCAACUACAUCGAGUCUUUCGAUGUGAGCUUGAAUUCUGACUGCCCAACCUCACAAUUGAAUGGCGUGGGCAUCAUCACAACCGUUCUGUACUUUUUGAUAUUUGUCUCAGGAUUUUUUGGAAAUCUUUUUGUCAUUUGCGUGGUGGGCAGCAAGGGCAGGAGAGGUGGACGUUUGGUGGAUACGUUCAUUAUCAAUCUCGCUCUGGCUGAUCUGAUUUUCGUCCUCACUUUGCCGCUGUGGGCCAUUUCUGCAAGACGAAAUAACUUGUGGGAAUUUGGAAAGAGUGGCAACUUGUUGUGCAAACUGAGCAGCUAUAUCAUCACUGUAAACCGCUAUUCCAAUGUCUUUUUUCUGACUUGCAUGAGUGUGGACCGAUAUGUAGCUGUGGUCAAACUUAUAGAUUCGAGGCAUCUCAGAAGUAGCAGGUGCAUUUAUGUAACUUGCAUUCUUGUGUGGCUCACCUCCUUUCUCCUCGGCAUACCAUCUCUUGUGUACAGAAAACUUGUAUAUCACGGAGGAGACCCUUUCUGUACUGACAAAACAGAAUCGAAGUUUUUUCUGAUCUUAACUCUCUUCAUGACAUUGUUUACAUUCAUUUUCCCAGUUUUGAUCAUCGCCUUCAGCUACGGGACCAUAGUCAUGCACCUCAACAGGCACUGUGUCGCAGCUGCCAACUCCAGAGCAGAAGCCAGAAGAAGACACUCUCUAAAAAUGGUCUUGUGUAUAAUAAUCGCAUUCAUCUUGUCUUGGCUUCCCUAUAAUAUCUUCAAAACCAUAACCACAGUGAAUCAACUCACCGACAUAUACGUGGGAUGUGAAAGGUUGCUGAAACUCGGUCUCAUCUUCUCCAGCUGCUUGGCUUUCUUCAACAGUUGCGUCAAUCCCGUUAUUUAUUUCUGCCUGGACCACCACUUUAGAGAAAGAACCGGCCUCCUGUUUAAAAGAUGCACAGGGAAAGCAAUGAGUCUACACAGCUACAACUCGUCUUCAUUCACAAACUUUGGCACCUCAGAAACCGGGACCACUGCAGGAAGAACACAAAUCUUACAAGUUCAGGAGUAG